GCCUGGCUCUAUGGAUAGGAGCUCGCUGCUGCAGCUUAUCCAGGAACAGCAGCUGGACCCUGAAAAUACAGGCUUCAUCGGUGCGGACACCUUCACUGGCCUGGUGCAUAGCCAUGAGCUGCCCCUGGACCCUGCCAAGCUGGACAUGCUGGUGGCUCUGGCCCAGAGCAACGAGCGGGGCCAGGUCUGCUACCAGGAGCUGGUGGACCUGAUCAGCAGCAAGCGCUCAAGCAGCUUCAAGCGGGCCAUCGCCAACGGACAGCGGGCACUGCCCCGGGAUGGGCUGCUGGACGAGCCGGGCCUGGGUGUCUACAAGCGGUUUGUCCGCUACGUGGCCUACGAGAUCCUGCCCCGAGAGGUGGACCGCCACUGGUACUUCUACCGGCACCGCAGCUGCCCACCCCCAGUGUUUAUGGCCUCGGUCACCCUAGCUCAGAUCAUUGUGUUCCUGUGCUACGGGGCCCGUUUCAACAAGUGGGUGCUGCAGACCUACCACCCCGAGUACAUGAAGAGCCCCCUUGUGUACCACCCCGGCCACCGUGCUCGAGCCUGGCGCUUCGUCACCUACAUGUUCAUGCAUGUUGGGCUAGAGCAGCUGGGGUUCAAUGCGCUCCUGCAGCUGAUGAUCGGGGUGCCCCUGGAGAUGGUACACGGCCUGCUCCGUAUCAGCCUUCUCUACCUGGCGGGUGUGCUGGCAGGUUCCUUGACCGUCUCCAUUACUGACAUGCGGGCCCCUGUGGUGGGGGGCUCCGGCGGGGUCUACGCCCUGUGCUCCGCACACCUGGCCAAUGUCGUCAUGAACUGGGCUGGGAUGAGGUGUCCCUACAAGCUGCUAAGGAUGGUGCUGGCCCUGGUGUGCAUGAGCUCCGAGGUGGGCCGGGCUGUGUGGCUGCGCUUCUCCCCGCCACUGCCUGCCUCUGGCCCGCAACCGAGCUUCAUGGCACACCUAGCGGGUGCAGUGGUGGGUGUCAGCAUGGGCCUGACCAUCCUGCGCAGCUACGAGGAGCGCCUGCGGGACCAGUGUGGCUGGUGGGUGGUGCUGCUUGCCUAUGGCACGUUCCUGCUCUUCGCCAUCUUCUGGAACGUCUUCGCCUAUGACCUGCUGGGUGCCCAUGUCCCCCCGCCACCCUGACAGGAUCCCCAGGGCCACAAUAGCCAGGGUGCAGCAUCUGUGGGCCAGCCACCAGGCAGGUCUGCAUGUCCACCCUCUGUGAAUGUACGUCUGGAGGCUACUUCUUCCCCGCGGGGUCAGGUGGCCCCAGUGGCCAAGUCCAGGCCAAGCCUUACAUCAGCCCUGGCUGCCCCCUCCCAGGCCUGGGGGGAAGGACUGCUGGACUGGGCUGUGUGGUGGGGGUCCCCAAGGGUGGCCCCAGAGGAGACUGUGCCCGGCCUCUCCUCCAAGAGUUGCAGUCUGAGCCUUUUUGGAGAAUGAAUAAAUAUUUUACACAGCA